GCACCGCAGCGGUGGGCAAAGCCUCCGGGGGGUCGGACCUGGGCCGGGGGGGUUCGUGUCUCCCCAUGGGGUGAACUCCCCCCGCCGCCCGAGCAUCGCCCGCUGUGCUGCACUCGUCCCCGGCCCCCGCAGGGGCUCUGUGGGAUCCCGGCUGCUCGCGGGGCUGCGGGCCCGGCUGGGUGCUGCGGGGCCAGUGCUGCCCGCCCGCCGCUGCCCAGUCCUGCGCACCGGCACCAGGGCCCAUGGCUCCCUACCGCAUCCGGCUGUACCGCGACGAGGACUACGAUGCCGUGCGCUCCCUGUUUGCCAGAGGCAUCAUCGAGCACGCUCCGGCCAUCUACCGGCAUGUGCUGCGCUUGCCGCGGGUGCAGCUGGGGCUGCUGGCCCUGUUCACGGCCGUGCGCGCCGUGUGUGGCUGCUGGCUGCUGGCAGUGGGAGCCAUGGCGCUGGUUCUGGCAGCCGCCUGGCCUCUGAUGCGCUCCUUUGGCGCAUCCUUUGUGCAGGAGGCGCUGGUCGCUGAUCUCUUGGACAUCCACAGCUCCUACAUGCGGGCGCCCGACUCCUGCUUCUGGGUGGUGGAGGCUGGCGGGGAGGUGGUGGGCAUGGUGGGAGCGGCCCCGUCGCAGGACCCGGCGCAGCACGGCAAGGCCAUGGAGCUGAAGCGGUUGUCAAUCAGCAAGGAGUACCGCGGCCGUGGCAUCUCCAAGGUGCUGUGUGAGGAAGUGCUGCGCUUCGCCCAGGCGCGGGGCUACAGGGCCGUGGUGCUGUUCACCUCCACAGUGCAGGUGGUGGCUCAGCAGCUGUACGAGCGCCAGGGCUUCAGGAAGGUGGCUGAAACCAGCCCCUCGCUGUUUUCCAGCCUGAUCUGCUUCUAUCUCAUCCAUUACCGCCUCGAUCUGCCCGGCCGCCCCUAGGGCCUUGCCUGUUCCUGUUACACUGAGAAAUAAAGAGAGACCUUGGGAA